GUACCCCUAAUCGAUCGAUUCGACUCACGGACUCCCCUUUCUCUCUCAAUCGAUCCCGCAAGAACCCUAAAUCUAAUACAGACUCUCUCUCUCUCGCGCGCGCGCGCGCGAAAAGUGUUUAAAUUUUUUCCAUCGACUUUUCUUCGAUUAUUUGGUUGGUAUACGUAGCGUAUACGCAUGUUCAAAUUCUACUUGAAAGUGGGUUUGAUUUCAGUUGUGUUGCAGACCUGUUGAUUGAUACGCAUGGGUUACGAGUCGGACGACACCUCUCAGGACGGUCGGGGCGAAGAUGAUGAAGAUGAUUAUGAGGAGGCUGGUGGGGGAAACCGGCUUUUGGGAUUCAUGUUUGGGAAUGUUGAUGGCUCAGGAGAUCUGGGUGUUGAUUACCUUGACGAGGAUACCAAGGAGCAUCUUGCUGUGUUGGCUGACAAACUUGGUUGCAAUGUACUCUGUAUAUGUUUUCCAACAAUAAUUUAGGGAGGCUUUAAGUUAUGAAAAAUUAUUGGUUGGUCUUGGCGAACUGUCACGUGGUGCCCCAACACGCCAGAUAUUUCCGUGAGGUCUACCACUAAGUGUAUGGACUCCAAAAAAAUAUGUGAUGUUGAGAGGUGUUGGGGGGCACCACGUGGCGGUGUCCCAAGACCACUGGAUAAUUUUUCAAGUUAGAAGCAUCCCAUAGUCUUAUGUUGGGUUCAGGGGAGGAAGGUAUAAAUAUAAUCCAAGUGUGUGUUCUCAUCUUGUGAUACUAAUUACUUUAUUUGAUUCACAGUUGUCAGUAAAGUCAUCACGGACACCUGUUGAUGCUGCUGAAAAGGUGAUAU